GCUGAUUGGGCCGCGGUCACGUGAUGCAGAAUUUAAAUCUGGUGCCUGACCCUGUCUGCAACGGACGACACUUGCUCAGCGCCAGACGAUUAUCACUCACUCGGCUUGCAAUUAUUAAUUUGUUGGUAACGUUGCAAACUUAAGGAUGUCCUUCCCACGGGCGCCAUUGAGACGCUUCAAUGACGACUUGGGCUGCGCUCCUCCUCCGGGCACCUACGAUGUGGAGACGACGUCAAAGACGAAGGGAGCCGUCUCUUUCCCUCGCGGGGAGCGGUUCCUGGGACCCAAAGAACCAAAGCGGAAGCUGCUUAGCACGAGUACAUGCAGCAGUGUGGAUUUCUCGUUCUGCCGACUCUCCUCCUCGUCCACCAUCGGCGGGGACUCUGAGGAGGGGGAGGGUUCACCCACCAUGCCCGGCAAGAGGCAGAAAGGGUUUCUGAAGGACCUGCAGAAUGAGAAUAAGACUCUGCACACGUACCUAGAACAGGUGCAAGAAGAGAUGCAGGAAGUCCGGCUGCGGCUGGAGGCGGAGCUAAAGAACCUCCGCGAGGAAGCCAUGGAGCUCCGCAAGGAGACCGCAGGGCUCCGGGAUAGCGAGGAAUCUGCGAAGAAACGCGCGGAGGGCCUGGUGGCGGAUUUGCAAAAACUCCGCGUAGAGAGAGCGACGGAAUUCCGGGAUGAGGAAGCUGCGAGGAAGCGAGCAGCCGCCCUGGAGGAGGAUGUGCGGGAUCUGCUGGACCAGGUGGCGUUGCUCCACAAGGAGAUCGCGUGCUUUGAGCAGGCCGAGCAGCUUGCCAAGGAAUGCGCACAACAGGCCCAACUGCCCCAGGGGACUGUGCUGAUUGGGAAGAGAUCGGUAGGCGUGCAUGUGGAGAUGAAGGACCUCCGAGAGGAGACCACUAGGCUCCAGGAAAAUGAGAAAUCAUUGAAGGCUCACACAAAGUGUCUGGAGGCGGAGGUGAAGAACCUCUGCGAGCAGGCAGUGGAGCUCCGUCAGGAGAACACGAGGCUCCAGGAAAACAAGAAAUCAUUGAAGAUGCAUGCCGAGGGCCUGGAGGCAGAGGUGAACAAACUCCGUGAGGAGAACACUAUGCUCCAGAAAAACGAGAAAUCAUUGAAGACUCGCACCGCGUGUCUGGAGGUAGAGGUGAAUAACCUCCAUGAGGAGUGCACUAAAUUCAAGGAAAACGAGAAUUCCUUGACUACUCGCACAGAGGGCCUGGAGGCAGAGGUCAAGAAUCUCUGUGAGGAGGCAGUGGAGCUCCGUGAGGAGAAUACUAGGCUCCAGAAAAACGAGAAAUCAUUGAAGACUCACACAGAGGUUCUGGAGGCAGAGGUGGAUAACCUCCAUGAGGAGAACACUAGGCUCCAGGAAAACGAGAAAUCAUUGAAGACUCGCACUGAGAGCUUGGAGGCAGAGGUGAAGAACCUCCGCGUGGAGACCGUUAGGUUCCAGGAAAACGAGAAAUCAUUGAAGACUCGCAAAGAGGGUCUGGAGGCAGAGGUGAAUAACCUCCAUGAGGAGUGCACUAAUUUCAAGGAAAACGAGAAAUCAUUGACUACUCGCACAGAGGGCCUGGAGGCGGAGGUGAAUAAUCUCUGCAAGGAGACAGUGGAGCUCCGUGAGGAGAACACUAGGCUCCAGGAAAACGAGAAAUCAUUGAAGACUCACACUGAGAGCUUGGAGGCAGAGGUGAAGAACCUCCGCGAGGAGACGAUUAGGCUCCAGCAAAACGAGAAAUCAUUGAAGACUCGCAAAGAGGGUCUGGAGGCAGAGGUGAAGAAUCUCUGCGAGGAGGCAGUGGAGCUCCGUGAUGAGAACACUAGGCUCCAGAAAAACGUGAAAUCAUUGAAGACUCACACAGAGGUUCUGGAGGCAGAGGUGGAUACCCUCCAUGAGGAGUGCACUAAUUUCAAGGAAAACGAGAAAUCAUUGAAGACUCGCACUGAGAGCUUGGAGGCAGAGGUGAAGAACCUCCGCGAGGAGACCGUUAGGCUCCAGGAAAACGAGAAUUCAUUGAAGACUCGCACAGAGGGCCUGGAGGCGGAGGUGAAGAAUCUCUGCAAGGAGACAGUGGAGCUCCGUGAGGAGAACACUAGGCUCCAGGAAAACGAGAAAUCAUUGAAGACUCACACUGAGAGCUUGGAGGCAGAGGUGAAGAACCUCCGCGAGGAGACGAUUAGGCUCCAGCAAAACGAGAAAUCAUUGAAGACUCGCAAAGAGGGUCUGGAGGCAGAGGUGAAGAAUCUCUGCGAGGAGGCAGUGGAGCUCCGUGAGGAGAACACUAGGCUCCAGAAAAACGAGAAAUCAUUGAAGACUCACACAGAGGUUCUGGAGGCAGAGGUGGAUAACCUCCAUGAGGAGUGCACUAAUUUCAAGGAAAACGAGAAAUCAUUGAAGACUCGCACUGAGAGCUUGGAGGCAGAGGUGAAGAACCUCCGCGAGGAGACCGUUAGGCUCCAGGAAAACGAGAAUUCAUUGAAGACUCGCACAGAGGGCCUGGAGGCGGAGGUGAAGAAUCUCUGCAAGGAGACAGUGGAGCUCCGUGAGGAGAACACUAGGCUCCAGGAAAACGAGAAAUCAUUGAAGACUCACACUGAGAGCUUGGAGGCAGAGGUGAAGAACCUCCGCGAGGAGACGAUUAGGCUCCAGCAAAACGAGAAAUCAUUGAAGACUCGCAAAGAGGGUCUGGAGGCAGAGGUGAAGAAUCUCUGCGAGGAGGCAGUGGAGCUCCGUGAGGAGAACACUAGGCUCCAGAAAAACGAGAAAUCAUUGAAGACUCACACAGAGGUUCUGGAGGCAGAGGUGGAUAACCUCCAUGAGGAGUGCACUAAUUUCAAGGAAAACGAGAAAUCAUUGAAGACUCGCACUGAGAGCUUGGAGGCAGAGGUGAAGAACCUCCGCGAGGAGACCGUUAGGCUCCAGGAAAACGAGAAAUCAUUGAAAACUCACACAGAGGGUCUGGAGGCAGAGGUGAAUAACCUCCAUGAGGAGUGCACUAAAUUCAAGAAAAACGAGAAAUCAUUGACUACUCGCACAGAGGGCCUGGGGGCGGAGGUGAAGAACCUCUGCGAUGAGGCAGCGGAGCUCCGUAAGGAGAACACUAGGCUCCAGGAAAAUUAUAAAUCAUUGAAGAUGCACACAGAAGGCCUGGAGGGGGAGCUGAUGAACUUCUGCGAUGUGGACAGUGCCCAGCUGGCCUUGGCUAAAGCAAAGGCACAGCUGCAGGAGCUGCUGAGUGAGCGAGAGUUCCUCACCAGCACCAACGCGACCCUGCGCUCGGAGCUCCGCGAGCAGGGCCAGGAGUUGGCGCGUGUCCUCGGCCACAACAACUCGCGGCAGCGCAUCCACCACGUGAUGCAGAUCAAGCAGGACAACACCAGGCUCUUUGAGGAGGUUUGUGACCUCAAACAUCGCUUGGUUAAAGUUGAGGCCAAGGGCAAGCUGACGUCGCAGCCCCGGCCCGACUUCAGGGACUCGUUCAGAAUCGCUAACAAGGAGAACAACGGGGACCAGCAGCAGCACCAGCAGCACCAGCAGCACCAGCGAUGCCAGCAGCAGCACUAACAGCACCAGCAGCAGGAACAACACCAGCAGCAGUGACAGCAACAGCAGCAUUCACGUGUGGUCUUGCCAGAAAAAUAUCUAACGGUAAUAAACUUAUAUCGAUGGUGAUGAAUCUAGGUCAACAUGUGGGGUAAGGUAGGUGUGUGCUUGGGGUGGGUAGGAUGGGGUAUUCGGGUGAGGGGUAAGUUUGGUGGGUGGGGUGGUUAGGAUGGGGUGAUCGAGUGGGUGGGGUGAAUUUGGUGGGUGGGGUGAAUUUGGUGGGUCGGGUUUGUUAAGUGUCUAAUAUAAACUCUGGGACAACCGUGUCCAUUGUUACUCCGAUGUCAAUAAAGAUUCCAUUUUAUUCUGUC